AAUAGUAGGAAAAUGGAGGUGCCCGUUUGUCAUGCAUGACUUUAUACAUGUCGAAGCUUUAAAACGUGAAUUUCGAUUGUCUUUGAUUUUAUUAUCAUAUUAGAUUGACGAAAACAAGGUCAUAAACACGUGCAACGCUUCGGGUAAACACGGUAUUGCUGGCUUAGCUAGGUCAACUUGUAGGCAAAGAGGAACAGCAUUUUAUUCUAACUAACGUUACCUCUUGUUUUUGCAAAUAUUGUACAAAAUAUUACACUAGUAGCUAGGUAAUGUUACUAGGCUGUAGCAAUAUGUUAGUUGUGUAGCUGUACUGUACAAUUUCUUAUUUAGUUAGUUAGCUAGCUAACGUUAGCUAUUUUACCUUUCCAGAAUGAUUGACGACCUCUGUGUAUUUCAGGUGAACUAUGUCUCUGUUGAGAGGGUUGCUGAAGGCUUGCCACUACACAACCAGACAGAUUAGCACUGGUGUGUGCUGUCCAGUCRGUAUGAAUGCCAUUCCUGAGCUGAAGAAGGUGGACAGGUGGYCUGAGAAGAGGAGCAUGUUUGGGGUUUAUGACAACAUAGGAAUUUUAGGUGACUUCAAAGCCCACCCUAAGAACCUGAUCGUUGGACCGGUCUGGGUGAAAGGUUUCCGUGGCAAUGAGCUGCAGCGUCUGACGAGGAAGAAGAGGAUGGUAGGAGACAGGAUGAUGACACAGGACAAACACGACAUGCAGAACAGGAUCCGCUUCCUCUAUCGACACUUCAACCGCUUUGGGAAACAUCGCUGAUCUGAUCUGGGACUGAGCGGUCUGGCUAACAAUGCUYAACUACUACUGUACUAACAACCUGCCCACUGGACCACAUUCAGAUUCUAAAGAGAGAAAUGUGUGCUACUCAGUUAUGCCACUUAGAUUUAUAUCAGCCCCUUAUACCAUUUGGUAYUCACCUUUUCUUAUAUCCAUAUUGGGGUAAGAGGAAGCUGAUUGCAAUUCGUUUUUGACUUUGACAGCUGGAAAAUGUUGGAUUCAUUUAGUAUUGUUGUUAGCACUAAAUCAACACGCACAUCUGUAAAAUACAUGUUUUCAACCAUUAUGAACUCCUAGAAGUGGAAAUAUACACACAAUGUUUGAUGCUCUAUGGUCUGUAAAUAUUAUCACAUUGGGGACUAAUGUAAGUAAUGUUGUGGGUAUGAUAAUAAACAGAAGCUUGUCAUU